AUGCUACAAACACUGUCAAGUUCAGCUACUGCUAGUUUACAGCAACAACUUUCAAAGCAAUAUGCCAAUAGUUUUAGCAAUGACGGGUCAUCAUUUUCAAGUAGAAACAAUCAACAAUACAGCGAGAUAGUCAACUAUAUCACUUUUAAUCAAGAUGCAUCAUGUAUAACUAUUGGAUUAAAGAACGGGUACAAGAUUUUUAAUUGCCAACCAAACUUUGGCAGGAGUUUCCAAUUCAAGAAUGAUGAAAGCACAGGAAUAGUUGAGAUGUUGUAUUGUACUUCAUUGUUGGCAACAGUAGCUCAGGGUGAAGAAAUUGGAUCAUCUCCCAGAAAAUUAAAGAUUAUCAACACAAAGACCAAAUCAACUAUUUGUGAUUUGAUUUUCCCACUGACAAUAUUGCAAGUGAAACUAACAAAUACCCGAUUAAUCGUGGUUCUAGAAGACCAAAUUUACCUAUACGAUAUCACCACUAUGAAAUUGUUACACACUAUUGAAACGAGCCCUAAUCUCAAUGGAUUAUCUGCCAUCUCGUACAAUGACUCCAACAGUUAUCUAGCAUACCCGUCACCCCCGAAAACAAUUACCCACGAUUCUCUAUUGGCUUCUGGUAUUAACACAAACGGUGGCAGUAAUUCCACACAAAAUAAUAUUUCAUCCGUGAGUAAUACUCCAAACAGAGUCGGCGAUGUGAUAAUUUUUAAUUUAACUUCUCUACAACCCAUUUCAGUUAUCGAAGCACAUAAAUCUACUAUAGCAUCGAUGGCUUUCUCAAAUAGCGGGUUAUUUUUGGCAACUGCCAGUGACAAGGGAACAAUUGUUCGUGUUUUUGAUGUUGCUACAGGUACUAAAAUUUACCAAUUCAGAAGAGGUACAUAUCCAACCAAAAUCUAUUCGCUUCGAUUCAGUGCUGAUGAUAAAUAUGUGUUGGCAACAAGCUCAAGUUUAACCGUGCAUAUAUUUAGAUUAGGUGAGGAAGAGGCGUUGGAAACUAAACAUAAAAAAAAGAAGAAACCAGCUGUUGCAACUAUUCUAGAGGAAGAAACAGAGGGUUCACCAUCAAAUGAACAAAAUAAAAGUACAAAACGCAACUCUGAGGAAUUUGAAGAAGUAAGAGAUGAUGGCGACGAUUCAGAUGUCGAUGACGAAGAUGAAGAUAUCGACGACGAAUCAAUUGAAGUAAUACCAGCAAAACAAAGGAAGCUCUCACAAGGCUCGACAAAUUCAUACACCAGUGUCAAUUCCGAAGACGUUCAAAGUAAUUCGCCAAAGACUGAACCUUUAAUUGAUCAAAAUCGUCUCUCCAUGGCCAGAAUAAUCAGACGAUCGUCUCAGACCCUCGGUAGAAAGGCAGCCCAAAAAAUGGGAGACUUCCUACCAUCAAGAUUUUCCUCAAUAUUGGAACCAACAAGAAAUUUUGCAUCUUUAAAAAUCAAUGCUCACUCUAAAGAUACCAAAUCAGUUGCUGUUAUGAAUAAUGUUUUGCAACAAGAUCUAAUUCCACAAACAUAUUUAGCUACUGAUAAUGCAAGUGCUAAGCAAGACUUAAUGGAGGUCAGCUUAUUUCAUAUUUAUGUGGUUACCACGGAAGGCAUGCUUUACAUUUAUGGUCUAGAUCCUGAACGUGGUGGUGAUUGUAUAUUGCUUAAUCUGCACUGUAUACUUGAUGAAUACUGA